CAGCAGCCUGACCAGCGUGCGCUCCAGAAGAGACAUGACCUGGCUGUGGAAGUUUGCAGGGAGGAAGCCAUUUUGGAUCGGUCUGUCUGGAGGUCCCGGUCGCUGGAUGUGGGCUGACGGUCGCUCUGUGUCCUUCUCCAGACUGAGGGGGGCGCCGCCGGGCAGCAGUGAGUCCGACGUAGGCUCUGACUGCGUGCUGGUCGAAACGCCCCGAAGCUGGAUCUCCACGAGCUGCUCCCCUGAAACCCAGCACACGUUUAUCUGCUCCUCUUCGGCUCACACUCACUGAGACGCGCUCAGCUGAUUCACUGCUACCCGUCCGUACAACCUCUGUGAACAUGUUACAUAUUUAAUGACACGCUACGAUGCUGCUCUGUACAUUAGUUUAUAUUUUUGUCAUAAUAAAGAUUGAUGCACAACCCAAAAUGAGACUCUUUAUUUAAGAACUAAAGACUAUAUUC